GCUUGUAGUCAUUCAUCGCGGGAAUCAGCCAAUCGCGUUGCGAGUCGUGGAGCAGUAACUUUAGCGCUGUCACAGCGUUCAGAAAAGCGAUCAGCUGUUUUGCGGUUGAUGUAACUUUGGAACAGAAACAAGCAGAGGCUCUGACCACAAGUAUGGCAACAGCUCAGUCAGUGUUUACCAUGGCUGUGGGCAUUUUGCUCAUCGCAGAACUCAUUCUGGCCGAGGAAGACUACUACGAGAUCCUCGGCGUCCCCAAAGAUGCAUCUGACCGGCAGAUCAAAAAAGCCUUCCAUAAAUUAGCCAUGAAGUAUCACCCUGAUAAAAACAAAAGCCCUGAUGCAGAGGCAAAGUUCAGAGAAAUCGCUGAGGCAUACGAAACAUUAUCAGACGACAAUCGAAGAAAGGAAUACGAUCAGACGAGGAGCAGUCCGUUCUCCAGGCAGAGUCCUAGAGGAGGGGGCGGUGACCACUUCCGUCAACAUUUUAGCUUCAGCUUUGAUGAUAUUUUCAGAGACUCUAACAUGUUUGGACACAAUCCUCAUUUGCAUAAUAAAAGACAUUUCGAGAGGCACUUUCAGGCCCACGAGGAAGCACGUAGCAGGCACAGGAGGCACUUUCAGAAUUCUUUCAGUGGUGGCAUGUUUGAUGAUAUGUUUGAGGAUAUGGAGAAGAUGUUCUCGUUUAAUGGACACCAGACUCAGACUCAGAGCAAGUUUCACGGUUCCAGCAGGCAGCAGUGUAGGACUGUCACACAGCGAAGGGGCAACAUGGUUACAACAUACACAGAGUGCUCUUGAGUUCAUGCACCCAUGGAAAUGUCUUUCGGUUGUUGAUUGAAACUGUAAUUAAUUCUGUUUUGCUUUUUUGUGUUUUGGAUCAGCUCUGAUGACCUUUAUAAAAUCAUUUCUGGGCAUAACAUCCUCAGUUUAAGGAUCCUAAGUCUGACUUUAUACAAAAUUCACCAUCCAGAACAUAUUAAUUACUUUUUCAGAUAUUUUUUCAGUACAUUUCAAAAUAUAUAAAAAUAGCCAAAAUAUAGAUUUUAAAAUAUUUACAUAUUUUUCAUGUUUAGUUAAUUAUUUCAUCAAAUAUUUUUUGGCCAUUUUACAUAUUUUGAGUCUAAAAAAAGUACGUAUUUUGUACUACAGUUUGGCAACAAUAUAUUUCCUUAGGCCUGUAAACAUAUUUACCAUAUAUUUUAAACAUAUCUGAAAUCCAGAAAAAACAGAAUAUAUAGCCAGUAUAGGUGGGCUAAAAUAGCACUUUAAUUGUUGAUUAUUUCUAAACUAUCUCUUUGUUAUAAAGUCAAGAUUUAGGGUCCUUAAAACCAUACGUGACCCUGGACCACAAAACCAGUCUUAAGGAUAAAUUUUCUGAAAUUAUACAUCUGAAAGCUGAAUAAAUAAGAUUUCCAUUGA